AUGCUCGCCCGCAGGGCGUCUGCCCUGCCGGUGGUGCCCCGCGGCCUCUGGGGCUGCCGCGGCGCGGGGCCCGCGCCCGGCGGGCUGGCUGCUGGAUGGGAGCGGCUCAACGAGCUGGCGGCGCGCGGCGACGUCCCAGGCGCAGAGGCCGUUUUCUCGUCGAUCAUCGGCGAGGUCUCCCCCUCCAAGCGGACCAUGGCCUUCAACACCAUUCGGGCCUGCGCCAACGCGGGGGACUUCGGCGAGGCCUGCUGCUGGUUCGAGCGCAUUCGGCGGCGCUUGUGCCAAGGCGAGAACCUUCGGGAAGCUCCUCAAGGCCCUGGCGGAGGCUGGUCGGCCUGA